AUGGAAGAGGUCGCAGUAGUCGAGCAUGGCACGUCUUCCCUACCACCGGCGCUCGUCGAGAACAUCAAGAAAGCUAUGGGCACUGCGAUGGAUGGCAUGGCCGACACUGAUCGCGUCGAUUUUGCGCACGGCCUGGACGAAGCUGUGCCCCGACUUCGGAUGGCCGCCAACGUCGCGAAUGGCCCUAUCAAACGCAGCAAGAAUAACGAUGACAACUUUGGCUUCAACUUCACCCUCAAGCUCUCCAACUUAACGACAUACGCCCUCACCUCAAGCACAACCAUGAUCUGCCCUCGCUCUGGCGUCGCUGCGUCUUCAGACGGCCCGCCUAAGCUCACCAAGAGUGCCCUCGAUAGCGUUUGCCGCGAUCUCGGCCUCGGCAGGGGCCUCUCUACCGAUACCGAGCCUGUUUCCUCCCUCACCCCCGAAGCACCCAGACGUGCCCAGGUUGCCCAACUCUCGCCAAUAUCCGAGGAAAGCCUUUUGAUGAACCGCACACCAUUCAAAAUGGGUACCACAAGCACAGCUACCCCCAAGGUAGUGCCCCCAGACAUUUCCUUUCAGGAUUUGACAUAUUACGAUGGCCCCGACUUCCAAGGAGAUGUCACCAUUACCGUGAACGAGGAUGAAGAGACUCACAAUGUUGCCGAGAAUGUCGAGGACCACGAAGAUUACGAGGGUUUCGGGGAUUUCGAUGAUGAUUCAGAUUACGAGGAUUUUGAGGAUGGCAAGGAUGAUGACGGUGACGAAGACGUCUCAAUCACCGUGAAUCUCCCAGCCAUCGCACAACAUCGUCGCACUUUCACGAAAUUAACCUCGCCAGGACCAGAAACACCAGCAUCCCACUCGUCUGGGACAUCCUCCGCUUUCAAUGAUUUCACCAUUUUGCGUGCACCAACUGACGAAGAGCUCUGCACAGCCCGACAGCAGCUCACGUCCGGCCAGUGCCUGACGGGUGACGCCGUCAACAGCGUCAUUCAUGCCAUCGCCGCCUCCACCUCGGCGGUCUCCCGCGACAUCUUUGUUGCCCACAGCUUCUGGCUUCGCAACGAAAAUGAGGUACCUGCUUGGCUCGCAUUACAUGCGCCGCAUCUUUUGCGGUUCAGCGUCUGGUACAUCCCGGUGUACCACCUCCACCCAGAGCAUUGGACCCUCGCUGUUGUGGAUCGCAAGAAAUCUUCCACGCCAUUCAUCCGUCACUACGAUUCCUUGCCGAAUGCUAUGGCAACAAGAAGCGUGGCCAACCGCCUUCGCCGCUACCUUACCAAGAUAUACGGUGGGGUUCUCGGAUCCAACUUCAUGGAGACCGGGUCUGUCCAAACGCCGUCUUGUCCCGUUCAAGCCGACGCAGUGAGCUGCGGUGUCCACAUGCUAUGGAACAUACAGGAGCUACUUUCCAAUCAAGAGCUUUCACAUAGAAACUUCUCCAUCGACGCCGCUAGGCAGCAACUUCUACGCCUUCUUGAGGGACGGACAAGAAGCUUUCCUCCAGCUAUCCAAAUCACGCGCCGGAAGCGGGCAGCUUCGGUCCCCACGGAGGAUACGACUAAUAGAAUGCGGUAUCUUACCGAAUCCAUCUUGCCGACUUCAAGAUUAAAACCUGCAGCCGAAGCCUUCAAUCAGGUUCUUAAGUCUUGGCAUGAUUUUAUGGAUGUUGCUGUCGAGUCACUUCCUGGCUCCACGGCAGCGCAACUGGAGCAGGCACAGCGCGAGCUCGUCCAAAUGCGGUCGCAGCACGCCAUAGCCACUGAGAAGCUUGCUGAGCUGCGCCGGCAAGAGAAGAGCCGCAUGUUGGCGGACAUAAUCCGCAGGAAUGCAGAGCUGACAGACUCAGAAUCUGGGGACGAUACUAAAGAAUCGACACAGCAAUGGUACAAGCUAAUUCAUAAAGCUAGUCAGAUGAAGGAGAACCUUGGCAACGGUGGCUCGGUUGAUGAGCGCCUGUCUGCUACAUCCGCUAAGGAACAGCGCAAGGACGCCAAGGCUAAUAUUGCCAGUCUCGCCAGCUCUAUGAGCAGCCUAGAGAAGCGCGUGUAG